CAAAUACUUGUUGGUUUCUAAGUAUAUCAAGUUUCGGUUUCCUUCUUGUUCUUCACGAUAUUCUACAACUUAGUUACAGUUAAAUAUUAAUCCAACCAUUUUCUUACAAUCCCAGAAAUAAUUGGAAUCUGCUCAGAAAUAAUCUGAUUUGCUGGAAAUUUGGAGGGGUUUGUGAAUGAUCAAUUAAUAAUUUGAUUUGGGGAAAAUAAUCCAAUUUAAAAAUUGGAAAUCGAAGAAAUGAGGAAUGAAUGGAGAAGAAGAUUGGGAAAUGUGAGGUCUUUCGUGGGAAAUGCGACGGGAGGUUUACGAGGUGGUUCCAAUUUUGCAGCUUGGAUAGUAGCUGGUACUAUGGCCUAUUUUCUCUGGAUUAAACCUUCUCAAGAACUCAAGCGUCAACAGGAGGAAAAGGCUGCACUUGCUGCUGCAAAGCCGGAUCCUUACAGGUACAUUGAGAAGCGGAAACCCAUGCCUGAUCCUCAGGAAACCGGGUUAAGAUACGGCAACAAGAAUAAAGCCAAGGAUUCUGUGAAUGGGGAUAGUUGAUACUGUUACAAAAUGAAGUAGUAACUUUUGCUGGUGUUCUUAGGUUAGCCAGUUUAUUUUUGUGAAUCUAUACACGUUGGUUUACUGAGUGGAUCAUGCAUAUUCGAUAUCUAAUUUUGAAUGUAGCUUAUAGAGGCCGUUGGUGUUUUACUGAUUAAAUUUAUGUUGUGUGUGAAAGUUAUUUUCGGUAUCCUGAUGGGGAGAAUCGUAAGAUUUAAUUUAUACAUCAUGGAAUAGAAUAAAUAAAAAAAAAAAC